GAUCUAAAUUUUAUUUUGAUUUCUUUUUUCUCUCUCUCGUUUAUUUCAAACUAACCAACUAACUGAAUUUUGUGUGUAAAAUCUAGUUCAAUUUAUAUGGGAAUAAAUGUUAUAUCAGUACCUCAGGAUUAAGUAAAUCUUUCGUUAAUUUGAUGGAAAAUCCAAUUAAGUAAAAUCUCAGUAAACAAGUAAAAGUAAGCGUUGAAGCGUACUGCAAAGAGCCACCAGAAUUGGCCGACUUUACUCGAGAUUCGAUACAGCAAAUGAUCAAACUCAACUUGCUCAUCCUUCCCCAGUUUUGUUCCUAUGAAGCAUCCUCCCAUCGGCACGCGAAUAGGGAGAAUAAUUAUGAGCUUGCGCACAACGUAUAAGUAAGGGGGUAAUAGAGCUUUGCCCGGUUGUAUAGUCGAAUGAAAGCUCAGUUGGAAUCGCUACUUGUAAAAUCUUAGUUCACUUAAAACACUAGCCAGCAUCACUUGCAUCAUCUUGGAUCAACUUUUCUCUGAUUUAUGAGGAAAAAUUUCUAACAAAUAUUAUUUUAUUCGUACCAGUGUGUGAUAUAAUUUUAAGUGAAUUUACAAUUUUUCUCAGUAUUUAUAUUCUUGGGUAGAAGGAAUAUCUUUUUCUAGUGUCAAAGAGAUUUAUCUUAAAGUACAUAGCAGACGUGUGCUACUGCACUCGACACCGCCUAUCUGGAUGCCAAGGCAUGCGCCCUAAAAAUUCCAAGAUUGAUGUAUCACGGAGCGCAGAUUUCAGCCAGACUGCUCUUAUGGCUGAUUGGGCUGAGGGUAGCUUGGUGGGCCGUAUCAGCAGAAGAUGCUUUCAACAUCACAUCAUCCGCAGAAACUCUUCAAUGCCUUCAUCAAUGUAUAUGCCUCUCUUCCAAGCAGGUGCUUUGCAAUACUGGAGGACUGAAAGAAAUUCCUACAACAUUAAACGCCGGAGUAGAAGAUCUAUCGUUGUCUAAAAAUGAUUUCUCCGUGAUCGAAUCAGAUGCCUUUAAGAGUUUACGGUCUCUACGUAAACUGAGCUUGGACUAUAACAAUAUCUCUGUGAUCAAACCGUUUGCUUUUCGCGGCUUGACAAUGUUGACAGAUCUCUCAAUUCAAUACACACCACUGAGUUACAUUGGCCAAUAUUCCUUUGCAAUGUUACACAAUGUGACACUUAUUCUCUUGGCACACAACAAGAUCGAAUAUAUUGAAGAGUAUUCCUUUGCUGGGACAAGUUAUAUUAAAUGGAUACUUUUGUCAGAUAACCCUCUAGUGACUAUUCACAGCAGAGCUUUCUCAGGAUUGAACAAUGUCGAACGUCUUAUUUUUCCAUCAGGAAUCAGGAAAAUUGAACCGGAUGCUUUUAAUAGUCUCUCCAAUGUUGGUUUUCUCAAGUUCACAUUUAUGGACUUGAGCAAUCUAUUACCAUUCACGUUUCGAGGCUUAAGCCACGUUCAGGUACUCAACAUUCAGGAAAGUGAUCUUGGAGUAAUAAAACCUGAUGCUUUUAAUGGCUCAGAACACAUAGAUAAUUUGAAUUUACUCAAUAACAAGAUUGAUGCUAUUCAAGAACUUAAAUUUACACCUGAAAAUGCCAUUGGAGUCGUGAGGUUUCAUGGUAAUCAUGUUUUAAGAUCACCCAGAGCCAAAGAUACUUCGUUACGAAUACAUUCAAUCUCUGCCGAGAAUAAUUUUUUUCCGUGCGACUGUCAGAUUCAUGAACUCUUUGACAGUGAUUUCACGAACGGAUCCGUCCAUGAGUUUCGGCGUAAAAAUUAUUGUAUUUCACCUCUAGAGUACAACGGUCAUGUUAUGAGUAGUAUUGACUUUGAUCUUAUUGCAAAAUGCCAUGACAAAGUUGUCCAAGACAAUCUGGGCUCAAGUGCUGCAUCUUCAAUGCGAAAUUUCCUCAUCCUUGUCUUAUCCAUCUUCUACAUCAUUCAAUAAAGCUUUCAGCUUAUGCAUUUAUGUUAUAGAAGGAAGAUCUCGGUAAGCUUUGAUUAAUGUUUCGGUCCAAUUUAAAUUAAUUAAUUGAUGCCUUCUUUUGUUGUUGAUAUCUCUCUGAAAUUAGAUAAUCCACAGAGUACUAUAACAACAAAAAUUGUUAUAUCUUAGAAGUAAAAAAUAAAAGACUGGUGAAUUUUUAACUUUUAAUUAUCAAAAAAAAAUAUAUAUUAAAAAAUUCUGGUGUGUAGUAGCAUUCAGAACUCCUUUAAGUAAACUGAUAUUCUCAGUUAAAUGUGUUGCUAUAUAAUAACUAUAUAUUUACAGCUGAAUCAUAAUGAUUAAAUAAAUAACGCUACUUUUA